GGCGACGCGUAAGGGUCUCACGCUGCGGCGAAGGACACGGCUCCCCGCGCACUAAUCCGGCUCCGUCCCCCGGAGUAUAGAAGGGGGCGGCUCCGUCCCAGCACGGGCACAGCUCGGGUGCUGCUCCGACCGCCGGCUGCGCCGGGGCCCCAGGGCACGGCGAGGGGGUGCUAGGACCCGCGCUCCCCAGGGCCGCAGCAGCAGGAAGCACCGAGCACGGGCAGCCCAGCAUGGAAGCAGAAGCCUCGCCAAGGCCCUCAGGGAUGCCCCAGGGUUUGGAGGGCCCCGCAGGGCAGCCAGCCGCUGCCACGGCUCCUUCGGAGGGGGCGCCCGUGGGCCAGAACACCGGGCCUUGCACCAGCGUGGGGGAGGGCACGGCCCCCGGAGGAGCAGAGAGCCUGCCCCAGCCUGCCCCAGGAACCUCGCAGCCAGUGGCGAGAGGAGAAGAGGCAGAGCCUGGAGAGAAGGGCACCCCUGUGGCUGGGAAGGGGAUGAAGGCCAGUGAGAAGAAAGCAGUGGCCAAAGAGGGGGCAGAAAGCCAGAGCCAGCCUGCGGCCUCCAAGCACGAGCCCCCAGCUCCCCAGCGGAGCCAGAGCUGCCCCGUCAGCAGCCAGAGACCAGGGGAGGAGCCCCGGGGGGCGAAGGUGGGAGCCGAAGAGGCCUCAGCAGCAUGUGCAGAGAAGAGCCCGCAGGGUCCAGCAACUCCCGCCGAAGGAGCCAGCGCUUUGCCAGCAGAACCAAGUCUUGUGGAGGUGCCUGGCCCUGCUUCGGAUGCCCCCAGAGCCCAGACUUGUCCAGAGAAACCCACCCCAAGCGAGGUGCCCAGCCCAGCUAGCAGCAGUGGGGCAGUGACCCCUGCAGAGCUCCCCAGCUCGGUGGAGCUACCCCACCCUGCUUCAGACGAGACCCCUGCAGAGCCCCCCAGCUCGGUGGAGCUACCCCACCCUGCUUCAGACGAGACCCCUGCAGAGCUCCCCAGCUCGGUGGAGCUACCCCACCCUGCUUCAGACGAGACCCCUGCAGAGCCCCCCAGCUCGGUGGAGCUACCCCACCCUGCUUCAGACGAGACCCCUGCAGAGCUCCCCAGCUCGGUGGAGCUACCCCACCCUGCUUCAGACGAGACCCCUGCAGAACCCAGCUCAGUGGAGCAGCCUCCUCCAGCCUUGGACAGCCCCGGAAAAGCAGGGAAAACAGGCCCUGUGGCUGGGGAACAGCCACCUUCAUCAGAGGAGGAAGAAGUGGAGCCCCCGCCCAGCCCCUACCUAACGCCGGACUUUGGGAAAGAGGACCCUUUCCAGAUCCUGGAUGAUGUUCCUCCGCCACCUGCUCCCUUCGCCCAUCGCAUUGUCUCCCUGAAAUCCAGCACCGUGAACAGCAAGUUCAACAUCAACACCAAGGAGAUGCUGGGAGGGGGGAAGUUUGGCGAAGUUCGCACGUGCACCGAGCGAGAGACGGGGCUCAAACUUGCAGCCAAAAUCAUUAGGAAACAGGGCUCGAAGGACAAGGAGAUGGCCCUGGUUGAAAUCGAGGUGAUGAACCAGCUGAACCACAGGAACCUGAUCCAGCUCUAUGAAGCAAUCGAGACGCCGCGGGAAAUCAUCCUCUUCAUGGAGUUUGUGGAGGGUGGGGAGCUCUUUGAGCGCAUCAUCGACGAGGAUUACCACCUGACGGAAGUGGACUGCAUGGUGUUCGUGAGGCAGAUCUGCGACGGGAUCACCUUCAUGCAUCAGAUGCGCGUCCUGCACUUGGACCUCAAGCCUGAGAACAUCCUGUGUGUCAGCUCCACGGGGCACAUGGUGAAGAUCAUCGACUUUGGGCUGGCGCGAAGAUACAACCCGCGGGAGAAGCUGAAAGUGAACUUUGGGACCCCUGAGUUCCUGUCCCCGGAGGUGGUGAACUACGACCAAGUCUCCUAUUCGACAGACAUGUGGAGUCUGGGCGUGAUCACCUACAUGUUGCUAAGUGGCCUCUCCCCUUUCCUGGGAGAUGAUGACACUGAAACCCUGAACAAUGUCCUGGAAGCCAAGUGGUACUUCGACGAGGAAGCCUUUGAGGGCAUCUCGGAGGAAGCCAAGGACUUCGUCUCUAAUCUGAUUAUCAAGCAGAAGAGUGGCCGGAUGAGCGCGGCCAAGUGCCUCCAGCACCCCUGGCUGAACGACCUGGCCGAGAAGGCCAAGCGCUGCAACCGGCGCCUGAAAUCCCAGGUCCUGCUCCGGAAGUACGUCAUGCGGCGGCGCUGGAAGAAAAACUUUAUUGGCGUGUGUGCUGCCAACCGAUUCAAGAAGAUCAGCAGCUCGGGAUCCCUGACGGCGCUGGGUGUCUGAGUGCAGGGCUGAGCUGGGUGGGAUUCGAGCAAGGCCAAAGGGCAAUCCCCUGAAACCUGAGCUGUGCAUUGAAGGCCUGCUCCCUGGGGACUGCACAGGAAAGUGGCAUGUAGUACCCUGCUUCUGGAGGCAGUAGGAUCUCCACUUGGGUUCGGAAUCAAUCCGCUUCCCAAACACAAGGAGUUCACCGCUGGGGCAAUGAAUUGAGAUACCCCAGUUCUGUACAGAUGUGAAAUUCCUGCUCCUACUGUGGUGAGAUUACCGCUGGAUCCCAUCCUGCUUUAGAUUCUGGCCCUGCAAUGAGAUUCCUGCUCUAGAUCCUAUCCCACACUGCCACUGCUCUAGGGUCCAGGCCCUCGGGAUAAUGCUGCUCGGGCUCCUGAACUGCUGUGAGAUGACUCCUCUCGGUCCUGUGCCCUGUGUGAGGCUCCGGAUCCGGAUCCCAGGCUGCUGCAAAGCUGCCUUUGUGGAUCUCCUGCUGGUUCAAUACCACCACACUGGAAUUCCCGCUGUCUGUGACGUGGUUCCUGGAUCCUGUACCACUAGGACAUGCUACACCUUUGAUCCCAGUUGAGAUUACUGGUCUGGAGCUCACACAAGUGUGGUAUUGCCAUCUUAGCACCCUGUCUCCCUGCUACAGAUUCUCUGCUGCUGUGACAGCUACCCCGCUGCACCCCAUAGGCUCCUGAUCCUAACCAACUGUGCAAUUACCAGUCCAGGUCUCCUGCAUCCCCUCGUGCGGCUGAGUCCCAUCCUCCCUGUGCUGGUCUUGGCCUGGAUCCUUUGCUGUAGUGAGACGACUGCGCUGAACUCGCCUAGCUGUGGAAUUGCCAGUUGGAAUCCCACCGCACGGUGCGACCGGAGGUGCGGAGAGCACCUUGCAAAUCCUAGACUGCAGCAUCGUUAGACUCCACUUUGCAAUUCCCUGCGUUCUGCUGUUUGUGUUCCCCUCCCGUUCUGUGACUUGCAAUGGGACACACAGACCAGCCUGCUGAGUGCUGCAAGGUCUGUUCUCUUGCUGGGCUCAGUAUGUACCACACACCAGUCACUACCUGAAAACCAAGAUUCCUGCUCUCUGCCUCUGAGUGCAAUAGGAGACACGCCAUGGCCCUGUCACCAGCAUUGGUGGUCACAGCCUCAGGAUGCAAUGAGGUCUGUGUAUGGCUGUCUGGAUCUGUGCUCCCAGCUCCUGAGUGCAGGAGGAGUAACGUAAGUGAGUGCUAGUGUCGAGCCCUCUGAAUGCAGUGUGCACUCCCUGGCCCACAGGUAGGAUGGCGACUGCCAGCCUCUGGAUCUGCACCCCGCUGGACUAGCAUGCGAGGCUGCUGCUCCAACCGCCUCUCCCCAUGAUGAGGGGUCCUAGAAGCCAGCCUGCAGGGCCAAGUUCCUGUGAGUGCCGGGAGGCUCCGUGCACAGGAAAGGAGGAAGUGCAGAGCACAGAUUCCAGGCGCGUUCCCCAGAUGGAGGCCAGGGAAGAAAGAACGAGGCUUUGUGCUAGUUCCUAACCUCCCUGCCCUUCUGAGCUGCCAGCGGGGGGGAGGACACAACCUUCCCUUCACACGCCCCCCAGAAGAUAAAGGCAAGAGCGCAUCCUAAUGCAGACCAGCUGGGCUCGCCUCUCCCCCUGCACAUAUGAAAGGACUGCUUCAGCACUGACCACCAACGCACAGGAAGUGCCCUUCGCUCGCUGGGCCCAGGGACCCCCGAUGGGAGGAGAGUGUGGGAGCUCCCUCAGGUUCUGGAGUUUCCUUUGCCUUCCAUCCUGAGCCUGAACCAUCGCGCGCAACAGCUGGGUCCGAGGGAAACCCGCUGCAGACCUGCCAGUAAUGUCUGAGCUGCACGGGGGGAUCUAGGCCCCUCUAGGGUGGGCGUUGCCUCCCCUGGUGAUGCAGAAGCUCCGGCGUGGCCCAGGGUGCUGAUGUAGGGGGUGGGGUGGGGGGAUCCUCCAUGGAGUCGGAGGGCUUGUGCCUCUCUUGGGAGGGGGUUUGCCCUCCCAGGAGACCACGCCCCCUGCCGCCCAGCUGACCCUGGGCUUGGUGUCGUCCACAGGCGAUUCGUUAUGCAGAAGCCAGGGUGCUAGCUAACGGGCAGCCGGUAUCUGUUGGGCACAGAAACAACCAGACAGCACCUGGCCCAGCCCCAAAGUGCCUCACCACAGCCCGUGCCCUGAGCCACAGCCGCAGCUGGGGUACAUUGGUGGGACUCCAUUGACCUCGGAGGAUCUGCACCAGUUUACACCAGCUGAGGGCUGGAUCUCUUCGUUAGAACCCUUCUCCCUCUGCCCCGUGUUCAGCCGGGCUCCGCUGGAUUUCCCCUGCCCAGCAGCCCCCAGCCCCCGUGUGUGUGUGUGCCCUCCUUCGCAGCAGCAGCCCCCCCAGUC